UAUAUGGACUUUAAAAGGAGUUUUGGAUUACGGAAAAAUUACAGUUUUCAAUUUCUCACAGUGAUGGUAACAAUGACGGGCGUGCAAAAUAAUAAUUGUCUUUUUAUCACUGUUUUUUGCAGUGUUUUAAUUGUCAAUGCUUUCAUUGAGCCAAUUCAUGGAAAGACAAUUGUAAAGAGAGCAUCAGAUCCAGUUGUUGCAGAUGCAUCCUCAAAAGUCGACGUCAACGAUGAUAAUGUAAAGAAAUUUGCUCAACAAGGUGUUGAAAAAUUAAAUGAAUCAGGAGAUAAAGUGAAACUCGAUAAAAUUAUUGAUGCAACAUUUUUCCCACCAGCUGGAAAAUUAAUGUAUGAAAUUAAAAUGAAUGUCAAGAGUGAAAAAAAUAUGGAUAUCGUAAAAAUGUGCACUGUCAAUGUUGAAAAAGGUAAUCCUGAUGUUUCAGUAAAUGUUAAUUGUGAUGAAAUCGAGGAUAUGCCAACAAAAGAGAAAGUUGAUGAUCCACAAGUAAAGAAAUAUGCACAAGAGGGUGUUGAUAAAUUAAAUGAAAAUUCUGAAAAAAAAGUUCAUCUCAAUGAAAUUGUUGAAGCAACAUUUUUCCCACCAGCUGGAAAAUUGAUGUAUGAAAUUAAAAUAAAAGUUGAAAAUAAAGAAAAGAAAGAUGAUAUGAAAAUUUGUACUGUUCAUGUUGAAAGGGAAAGUGGUCCAAAUGUUAAAAUUCAUGUUGAAUGUGAUUCAAAAAAAAUGAAAAGAUCCGUCGAAGAAAUACCACAGGGAUAUAUUGCUGAUAAACCUGUUGGAUUAGAUGUGACGAAACCUGAUAUUGUAAAUUAUGUUAACGAAGGUUUAAAAUUGUAUGCUCAAAAACAUCCAGAUGACAAAGUUGAUUUAGUCAAAAUUGUUGAAGCUUUUUACACGCCAGUGAGUGUAUUUUCUCAUAGCAUCAAAGUCCAAUUUAGAAGAAUGUUAAAGGAUGGACAAAAAAUUGAAGAUUGCAAAGUUUUAGUUCCUGUGCAUAAUGGACCAGAACCAAUGCAAGUUAAAUGUGAUAAUUGAAAUUUUUUUGUUUUCAAAAAUCAAUAUUAUAAUUGUAUAAAGAGAAAAGAAAAUAAAAUUUGUUUUUAAAUUAUAUAA